AUGGCUUUCGGCGACCGUGGAGGACGUGGCGGAGGACGCGGUGGUGGCGGCCGUGGCGGCUUUGGUGGACGCGGUGGUGGCCGCGGCGGCGCUGCGGGCGGCCGUGGCGGAUUCGGUGGGCGCGGUGGCGCUGGUGGUGGCCGUGGUGGACCGGGUGGCCGUGGUGCUCGUGGUGGUGGCCGUGGUGGUCCUGGUGGCCGCGGCGGUGGCCGUGGCGGCAAGCCCGGUCUCGGCAAGGGUCCUGGUGCGGUCACUAUCGAGCCCCACAAGCACGCUGGUGUCUACAUCGCCAAGGGCAAGGAGCACCUGCUUGUCACCCGCAACCUGACCCCCGGCGAGAGCGUCUACGGCGAGAAGCGUAUCAGCGUCGCGACUAUGAACGCCGACGGCGAGGAGGAGAAGGUCGAGUAUCGUGUCUGGAACCCCUUCCGCUCCAAGCUUGCUGCUGGUAUUCUCGGUGGUCUUGAUGCCAUCCACAUUAAGCCCGGAGCCAAGGUUCUCUACCUCGGUGCGGCCUCUGGUUCGACCGUCUCGCACGUCGCCGACAUUGUUGGCCCCGAGGGUGUCGUUUACGCUGUCGAGUUCUCUCACCGCCCGGGUCGUGACCUGAUCGGCAUGGCCAAGAAGCGCACCAACGUCAUCCCCAUCGUCGACGACGCUCGCCACCCGCAAAAGUACCGCAUGCUCCUGCAGAUGGUCGACGUCAUCUUUGCCGACGUUGCCCAGCCUGACCAGGCUCGUAUCAUUGCGCUCAACGCGCACCACUUCCUUAAGCAGGGUGGCGCGAUCGUCAUUUCGAUCAAGGCCAACUGUAUCGACUCCACUGCCCCGGCAGCGCAGGUGUUUGCGUCCGAGGUCAACAACAUGCGCAAGGAGGGCAUCAAGCCCAAGGAGCAGCUCACUCUCGAGCCAUACGAGCGUGACCACGCCAUUGUCGUCGGCAUUUACGAGCGCCACACUGGCAACUAG